GCAGAAAGGUGUGCAUUCAUCAAUUGUCAUCCAUCCAUCCAGUGUCGAGGACGCACUCAAAACCGUAUCGACAGAGAGGCAGGCAGACACAUCGACUGGCACAGUCUGUCUUGCUCCAUUGCCUCACUCACUCACAGGUGCACCACUUAGUCCAUACAAGGCGUCAGCCAUCUGCAUCAUCUCUCGCCAUCCCUCGCACGCCCUCUGCCAUGCCUCAGGAAUCGCCUCAGCCCCCAUGUAGGCACCAGCAAGACUUGCCGCCAUGCUGGCUAUAGUGUCGGUGUCGCCGCCCAAGCUGAUACUGAAGGCCACCACGUCCGCAAAGCUGCCGGCCUUGACGCCCACGAUGUAGAGAAAACAGAAUAGGGCUGUGGGCACCGACCGGGAAGCCGUCACGUCACUGCCCAACACCUCACACACGCGACUGACGAAGUCCGUGUCCCGCUGGUCACCGAGCCUCUCCUGGCCCUCACGCAGCAUGUCCUUGACUGCGUCUAGGCAUUCCAUGAUACCGCUGCCUUGCUGCGGCUGGCCCUGAUUGUUUGGCGCAUCGUAGCCACUGCUGUCUUGUUGCCGCUGCAGCGACGUCUCGAAUUCCCUCAUCUCCUCCUUGAUCUCAUCAACGAACCUCAAGGGAUUCAGCUCACCAACGGGCAUGCGCAGCGCCUUGCGCACGGCGAGGCUCUGGAGGACGGACCCAGCGACUCCCUCGGGGUGCGUGUGGGUGAUGCGCGCCUGACUGACGGCCACCCGCACCGUCUCGUCCACGCUGUGAUAGCCGAACAGACCCACCGGUGCCGCCCUCAUCCCGCCGCCGUUCCCCUUGCUGCCGGUGCCGUUGAACUGCUCCGACGCAGGUAUCUCCCACUCAGGGAUGUUGUUGUGCUGGGUGGUCCCGUCGUUUGCUGCAUUGGCGGUGGCGUCGUCAAUGUCGUGGUUGCGGCUAGCGGUCGAGCGGGUUGCGUAUGGUGCCUCAGGGCGGAAGCCACGCUCACGCAACCUCUCAAAGACGGUGACGACGUUGCCUCCGUACCUGAACGGAGAGACCAAUUCAUCGACAGUCAGUUGUCUUGAGUCAUUUCAUUCGCUAUACCCUCGCCAGUUCUCUCUGUAGUACUCGGUCACGAAUCGCGUGGCCAUGUCCGGGCCAUCGAAGGCCCGUUUCGUUGCCAGUGAGGCGGCCACAGAGAGGGACAUGGCCGUGUCGUCGGUGAACUGCAGAAACUCCUGCUUGCUGAGUGCCAUCUGCUGGACCUCACUGACCAACAGACAUGCAUAAGCGAGAAAUCUCAACAUUGCGCUGAAAUGACUCACCUGAAGUGGCCUGUUAUCUCGCUGGCAGGCACCUGGCUGUUCCAAUAAGGGCCUUCCUGCGACAAGACAAACAAAACGACGACACGCAGACAGUCAAUUCCACGUCGAUGUCUCUUGUCUUACGAAUAUGCUUCCCAGGCAGUCGCCAGCGAGCACACCGCCGAGAGCCCCCCUGAAUCGACUCUUCAGCGACGGGAAUGCAGCAUCCAUGAUGUGUCGCCGGGUGAACUGUCUCCCAGAGCCAAUGCCAAGAUGGUGAACGGAGCUCCUCCAGGCGAGUGUUUGUAGACAGACACAGCUAAACAACACUUCCAUUCAUCUCAGGGGUGUGAUGGGGAGGGCA